CAUCUUCUCCUCCUUCCCCUCAUCCCCUUUAAGCAUCCUCCUCUCCCCGCUCGCCAAGUGGCCAACUUUUCCCCCUUCCGCUCCAUCCCAGCACCUUUCCAUCGCGUCCUUCCCCUCUUCCAUUCCACUUAUUAUUGCAGCAGCAGCAGCUCAGCGGCGGCAGCAGCAGCCUCCCUCCGGAUCGGGCGGAACCCGUUUGGUCAGUCUCCACGGGGCACUGCUACAUGGGGCGCGCGGGGAAAAAAUGCUCCGCCGUCGGUCUCUAGGCGCAACACUCAACCUGUCGGGAUCGGAGUUGACGGUGCGCGUCUGCGUCUCUUCCGCACGUCGCCCGCGCGGCCGGGGCCAGUGAAAAGAGGAGAUGGGUCCGUCCGUGACGGCGCGGGCGCCCUUGGAAGAGCCCCGCCGCCUGCGCCGGUGGAGCGGGACGACGGGAGGCUGCUGGCUCCGGAUCACCCUCGUCUCCUUCCUCGCGACUUUACCUGUGGAGCAGCUGCGCGCCUUCCCGUCGUCCCUCAGCGACUGCCAGACGCCGACCGGCUGGAACUGCUCCGGUUUCGAUGACCGGGACACAGACCUGUUCCUGUGCGACACCAACACGUGCAAGUUCGACGGGGAGUGUCUAAGAAUCGGGAACAUGGUGACGUGCAUUUGCGAUUUCAAGUGCAACAACGACUACGCCCCGGUGUGUGGCUCCAACAAUAAGAACUACCAGAACGAGUGCUUCCUGCGCAGGGACGCCUGCAAGCAGCAGUCUGAAGUGCUGAUUAUGUCGGAGGGAGACUGCCCUGCUGAUGCCGGCUCGGGAUCAGGAGAUGAUGGGGGCGAGGGCUCGGCGGAGACGGUGCAGAAGGAGACGUCCACCUGUGACAUCUGCCAGUUCGGGGCGGAGUGUGAUGUGGAUGCAGAAGAUGUUUGGUGCGUCUGCAACAUCGACUGCUCCCACAUCAGCUUCAACCCGGUGUGCGCCUCCGACGGCCGCUCCUACGACAACCCCUGCCAGGUGAAGGAGGCGUCCUGUCAGAAGCAGGAGCGCAUCGAGGUCAAGUACCUGGGCCACUGCCAAGGGGACAUCAUAACCGGGAACAAAGGCGGAGACGGACACUUCGCACGCACCGACAUCACAGAAGAAAAAGAGGAUCCACGGAACGGACUGGCCCGUGGCCUCUACAUCCCCUGUCCAGACCACUACAAAAACUACUGCGUCCACGGAGAGUGCCAGUUCCCCAAUAUUCUGGCACAGCCGUCGUGCAGCUGUCACUCGGGGUUUCGAGGCCCCCACUGUGACAUCAAAGAGUACAACGUGCUCUACGUGGUGCCGGGCUCUGGCAAGCUGCACUACGUCCUCAUCGCCUCCAUCAUCGGAGCACUCCAGGUGGUGAUCAUCUGUGUGGUGGUGCUCUGCAUUACCAGGAAGUGCCCACGGACCAACAGGAUCAACCGGCAAAAGCAGAACAAUGUCCACUUCAGUUCGGAGAACACCAUGCGAGCCUCCACCCGACUCAUCUGAGCCCCCGGCGCGCCGGACCGAGUCGGAGCGACGCGGCGUUAGAUGUCCCCCCCCCCCCCCCCCCCCCCCCCCCCUCCCGUAGGCCCACCCUGAAAAUUAGCAUCUGCCUCCCCCUCACUCCUCGCCCUCCCUCCCGGUACGAACUCUGAGAAUGUCCAGGGAGGACGGCGGCGCGGCAGAGACAGAACUGACACACGCCAGGCCCACCGUGAGACUCUCGCACGACGGGGGGCGACGCCGCCGACGUUCCUCCCCCCCCCCCCCACAAAACUGUCUGCUUGUACCUUUUUCUGAAGGUUUUUUUUCUGAAAAACUGAACCAUGAGGUUUAAAGUGGGGGGGGGGGGAGUGACACUGAGGAUGCAGAACGUGUGUGUGUGUGCGCGCGCGCGGGUGUGUGUAUGAAUGUCCAAUAGAUGUGUGCGCUUUGGUAGAGGCGGGCUCGCCGGUAUCUGUUGUUUGUAGAUGAGGGAUACAAGCAAAAUCGGGGUAGUGCAAAGCAGGGUACCGGGCUUUUACAUGAGUGGUGUGUCGGGUACGGGGGGGGGGGGGGGGGGGUUAGGGGCGGGGAGGGAGUGUUUCGGGGCUACACGUGAUGCCUUGCACCUUGUGUUAUAGGAGACCUUUGACAGAGGGCACAAUGUUACUAUAGAGCUCUCCGUUCGGUCGUGACGAUACGUCAGCUACUGUAUCUUGGGUUCUAUUUCCAAUAGUUAUUACUACGUUGUCUUGAUGGGGUCAUUUUUCUGUAAAUGUAAAUAAAUAAUUUAUAUCACGAAAUG